CUUUGGCUACCAUGUCAUAAAAUACAAAAAAAACACCGAAUUCUGUAAAUAAAAAUUGGUAAACAAGAAAAUAGUAAAUACCUAUAUUAAUUUUUAGUUCUAUAAAAGUUUAUUAUGUCGAUGCGUAAAAGAAGUGGUUCAGGGUCUAAAAGACAUCUGAAAGAAAAAAUUGUGCAAAUAUACGAAUCUUUCUUCAGAGGAGAAGAUUUGACCAGUGAAAAUCCAACAUUCUGGGAUGAGUUUUUUCUCUUAAAACCAAAGAUAUCUCAGUUGGAAUCUGAAAUGAAUAAGCUUACAUCGGAACAACUGCUAAACAUGAAGGACAAUAUCAAUUUACUUGUAAACCAAUGUAUUGAAAUGUUAGGACAGGAUCACCAGAUAAGGUUGGUGUAUGCUCUUCAGACCUUUAGUGGAGUGCUUACAACAAUGUAUCAACGACUCGGACAAGAUGUUAAUCUAAAUAUGAAAGUAAUUCUACUUGGUACUGAAAAUCCAAAUGCUAUUAUGACCAAGUUAAUGGAACAUUGUUAUAAUAUACUUUCAGGUGAUGUACCAGAUAGUCUAAAGUCUAUGGUCAUCAAAUUAUUGUUGAUUAUUGCGACUGGUGUUGAGAAUAUUGAUGAGAACCCUCUUGUUGAAUAUUUUAUGAUAAAUUCACUGUUUGAAGCUCUAAUACAAUUGCUUUGCACAUCCGGAGAAAGGCAGCAACACGGUUAUGAUGUAGUAAUACUAAUAAUGAUUCUCGUAAAUUACAAGAAGCAAGAUUCAGCCAAUCCUUAUGUUGUUAAAUUGUCAAUACUUGAUGAUGAGUUGGCUCUCAAUGGAUAUGGCCAAGUAAUUACAGCAGCUUUGAAUGACUAUGUCAUAUCCACAUUUGGUGGCAUGCAGACAAACUCAGGUAGCUGGCUUAGUUCUCUGACAAGCAUGGUAGGGGGAAUAUUUCUCACCAGUGAUGAUGCACAACCAGUCUACCGUGGCCAGAGAAAUUGCACUGGUGAAGAGGGAAUGCUGUUAGCGUUGUACGAGGUAGCCCACCUGAACCGGAACUUCAUGACGACUCUGGCUCACUCGUCGUCUACAGCCACCUCGGCGCCUCCCUCGCCUCCAGCCACAUUGCCCCCUCACCAGAAUCCCCCAAACUUAGCGCAGAUCCAGGCUCUUAUAGACAAUGAGCAACCCACAAAUUUACUAGUCACAUUCUUUCAAUACUGCUCGAUAGUGAUGGCGGACACCCGGACUGAGGCCAGUAUCAACAAGUGCAUGCUGUGCUUCAUCACACUCACCUGCAUCGUGGAGGAGCAGUUUGCCAACUCCAUCAUGCAUGACCAGAAUCUUACCUUUAAGGUUCAAUUGUACAGAUUGCCAAUGCGCCACCGCAAAUUAGUGCCCGAAGUUCCACCAUCACAGCCUCUAGCCUCAACACUAAUAGAUUUACUGGUGGAGUUCAUGAUGUGCCACCUGCUGAAGAAGUUUCCGGGCGAGUUGUACGAGGUGUGCAUCGGAGUUCUGCAGCGAGUGUUGAGUUACCAGAAGCGGUGUCGGGUCCGGCUGGCGAGAGACUGGCGCCCGCUGUGGGCAGCUCUCAUAGCCCUACUCAAGUUCCUGGUCAACAACGAAACGACACUGCUGAAGAGGCAGAACAUAUUCAUCAUGAGUCAACAGGUUGUCAAUAUAUUUAAUCUGUUCAUAACAUUCGGAGAUACAUUCCUUCCGACGCCAGCGUCCUACGACCAACUAUAUUACGAACUCAUAAGGAUGGCGUCAGUAUUCGAAAACCUCUUCUUUAUGGCGCUGCGAUACUCGACGGGCGACGGCGAGUACAAGGGCGACGCCCUGCGGUUGGCAAACUGCCUGGUGAACGUGCGAGCCAUCACGCAGCACUUCCCGGCCAAGAUUGACGAGUGGCAGCGGCAGCAGAACUUGUCCACGCCGACCGAGGAACAGAUUUUGGAAGUUGUGAAGAAAAACUAUGACAGCCUGAUACUAAAGCUCCAGGAAGGGCUGGAAGCGUACGAACGAUACUCGGAAUCGUCGCACCAGCCGUUAUUAGAUAAAGUGUCUCGGGCGGCCAUCUCGUGGGCCCGACAGCGGAGCGACGCCGCGGCCCUCGGCCACCACUCGGCCGCCCUCGUGUCUCACUACACCACCAUCGCGUGAGACUUACACUCACACACGCGUCUACCACAUAGAUAGGUCUUUAACCUGAUUCCUGCCGCCGAAUUCCACCUUCGCACGACACGCAACAAGUUAUGAUAUCAUCCCCACCAUCUGGAUGUGUGGCGGUCCUCCACAGUGCGGUUUUCAAGGAGCUUUCUUCCACGUACUACAAAGCUGUGGAAUGAACUUCCAUGUGCGCUUCCUGUUAGAGAUGAUGAAAAGGUUGGUUGUUGAUGUUGGUUUUUUUUUGUGUGUAUGAAUUAUUUAUAAUCUUGGUUAGUUUUUCAUUGGUAAAAUAUGUAAAUAUUACAAUUGUAUAUCGCAUGUUACAUAUCUUAUGCCGAUGAAAAUUACGAGUGACAUAGCAAUAUUUAUUCCUUUGCGUGAAUUUUCUAUGGUGAUACAGAAAUAAUUUCAGUCAAUGACCUUUAAUAAUAUACAUACUUUUCUUGCUUGCUCCUAGCCUCCUGAGUGAGUUGUAAUUACACACAGAAUAUCUCAAAGUAUUCUCUAUGUAUAAAGCAUAAUUUAAUGUUUAUAUUAACUUCAAAAAUUGUAAUAUAAUAAUCUAAUAAUAACCACCGUUAACCCUUCGGGCAUCACUCGCUUUUCUAAUUAUUAAAUUUAGGAAAGCAAUUAUAUAUCUAAAAUUUUAAUAUUUAAUUAUAUUUACCUAAGGUAAAAUGUAUUUAUUAUGAAGUUAAAAUCAGCAUUAGGCAAUAAUAUACAGGUAACUAUGAUAAGAAACGUGAAAAAAAAAAUAGUUUAUAGAAAUUAUUUUUGUAGAUCAAAAAAAAACUUUACUUCAGUCUUGUUCAUAAAUUUUAUCCUAACUAGUGUAGUGAGAAUAUUAUGUAUUUUUUCGUGAUGUUUAUUAGUUAUAUAGCAUUAUUAGAAACGGAGUACGGAAGGGGAAAAUGAUAUUCCGCAUAACUUUUCGAUGCAGAAAACACCUUAUCAAUACGGGUUUGAGCUAUAAGUCGGUUUUAUUGCAACAACUCACUUUCAAAUUAUAUGAUUAACCGAUGAGUAAUGAAUCCUUCAAACGUUCACAACAUUCAUGAAAUAGGUUUGCAUGGACAGACUUUAUACUGAUGACACUUGCCUUUUUUACUUUGGAAAAUAAAUACAUUAAUGAACUUGUUUCUUUGGCACAGGCAUUUUUCAAUACUUUCAAAGUAACCUUUUAACUAUAAACAUAUCUAAAACCUCGUACAUCAUCUUUAAAGCAAACAAACAAAACUAUUCCUCCUUUCACACAUUUAAGAAUAAAUAGUCAACUAAUCGAAGAAAAAGAGAAGAGAAAUAUCUAGGCCUCAUUUUGAUCUGGUAUGGAUUCCACAUAUCGAUAAAGUAAGAACAAAAUUAUCAUCUCUAAUUGAUAUGUUGCGAAACAUUGUCAGAUCUAUUCCACGCCGUGUCCGAUUUACAAUUUACAACUCACUAGUUAAACCACACCUAUUGUAUCUCAUAGAAAUAUGUGGUUGUACUGCAAAGUCGAAAUUAGUUAAACUACAGACAACACAAAAUAAACUAGUAAAGCUACUGUUUCAUUAUCCCUACUUAACUUCAACUGAAAAAAUCUAUACAGAAACAAAAAUUAUGACAAUCAGGCAAUUAUACACACACACUACAUGCGUACUCAUUUACAAGGUUUUAAAUAAAAAAAAUCACACUAACACAUCCUUCUUUAAAAAAAGUAAUUUAACCAGAACUGUUACACGAAGAGCUAGUCAUAUUGAGCUGCCAAUGGUGAGAAGUAAUUAUGGAAAACAGACAAUAACCUUUGAGGGACUUCAGAUAUAUAACAACCUGCCCUCAGAAAUAAGAAAUGCCAAAACAUUGACUUCUUUUAAGGCGAGCCUUCAAAGGCACAUACUCAAUAAUUAUGAAAUGUUUCAAUAACAUAUGUAGGUUGUUUUAUGUCUUAUCUGUUUGCCUAACAUUGAAUGGCAUUCUGUACCCACCAUAAUCAUUGUUGUUAAGUACCUACUUUAAUUUGUAAAAUAUUAAUUUCUCAUGUAAUUAAGUGACAAUAGGUCUUAAUGAGAAUAAAGUUAUUUAAACCUAAACUUCGCUCAGUUUGAAGAAUUCAUUACUUUCUACUAUAUCUCUAAGUGCUACCAAACGACAGCAGUGCCAACUAUCCCCGAAACAUAUUGAAGUUAAUUUAACCAAAGAUCAGAAUAUUAUGUGCAACAAUAGUUAUUUAUAAGCACUGAACAAUUAUAUUUAAUAUAUUAUUUCAUUAACGCUAUCAUCAGUUAAAUUACCCGAAUAAAUAUAAAUUACUUUAUAUGUUAUUUUAAUGUAAUGUUGGUAGUAUCGUGGAAAUCUGAUCGUUUACUAAGUUCACAUUACUAAAAUAUUUAACCAACCAAUCAAUUAUUUUAAAAGUAAUUAAUAACAGUCAUUAUAUAAUUCAACUGUUCUACGGGACAAUGUAUGACUCCAUGACGUUGCCAGUGCUAAUAUAUUUUUUUAAUGUUAUGUGUGUAAAUAACGAAGUUGCUGCCUAAAAGAAAUUUGGUUGGCCAGACUUUCAGUGUGUUUCUUGUUUUUUUUUCUGUUAAUUUACCAGUGUCAUUACAUAUAAAUAUAUAUAUGAAAAGGGUACAUAUAUUUGAUAAGGUAUAUUAACAUGUGUACAAAAAUUAUUAUGUAAUUAAUGUUAAAAAAACUUCUAGCUGCAGAUUCGAAGCACUUUAAAAUUAUCUAUGAAUAUAAUUUGUAAUGACUCGAUAGUUCAAAUUAUUGUUUGUGCCACGUGAUAAAUGAAAAUCCUGCUUUUUUUAAAUACAUUUGCUAAAAAUUUAGAAAAUCCCUAGUUAAUAUAGCGUGCGGAAUAUUCUUUUUUUGCGCACUUGUGCUUUUUGUUUUCGUCUUGCAACCUCACUAAGGUUUUUAUUCAAAAUGUUUUCUGCCCAAAUAAUAGUCCAACAUGAUUUUUUUUUAAAUUAUUAACACAAUGAAACUUAAUAUCUAUGGAAUUAAAAUUAUUUUAAAUUUAGAUAAAUUGGCUGAAUGCAGAGAAACCGUUGCCCUGCCAUGCCUCUAAUAAAACCUAUUUCCGUAAAAUAAUAAUGUAGCAAAUUUUACGAUUGAAAUUGAAAAUAAUGAGUUCUGCUAGUUAUUCCUAUGGCUAUAUUUUUUCGUUAAUGUAUUAAAAAACGUUCACUGCACGUACGGAAUAGUUGUCAUUUCCACUCGUCCCAUAGCCUGCUAUUAAUGUUAACACAAUAAUAUUAUAGUAGGCUAUGUUACCGCGACUCUUGAAGUAAUCACACACUUUUCGCAAGUUAAUGUAAAAGUUAUGUUAUUUAAGCAAUAUAUAAUUUAAAUCACCGUCGUAUGCUUAUAUUUACAUGCUUUUAUUUAUAAAAGAGUGUUUUUGGUCGAUGACUUUAUAGGUCAAUACGUUAUUGUUUAAAAUAAUGUUAACCUUCUUUGCGAAAUAUAAGAUUUUUGCAUUCGUUAUUUAAAAAUCUGUCACGAUUAUUAUAUGUUACUUUUUAAAAUGUCAAACAAUCAAAACAGCUCAUAACCACAGGUCAUGAACCGAAAACACUCUUUAUGUUGUGUUAUUUAAAAUAAAAGACUGACUGUUCAA